GUCAACAUGGCUGCCUUGUUGUGCUCGUGGAGUUUGUAAAUAUUGGCCUGUCUGCUCGAAAAGCGGUGUCAAUUCACAACUCAGGCAGUUUUGCCGUCGAUUUAACUUGAAAGUAAUAUUUUCCCCACGUCGCCAUGGGAGUUCCAGCAUUCUUCCGAUGGCUCAGCCGGAAAUAUCCGUCUGUGAUCGUCGACUGCGUCGAGCAGCAGCCCAUCGAAGUGGACGGAGUGAUGAUUUACCCCAAUGCGAUCGAACCCAACCCCAACAACGUAGAGUUCGAUAAUCUGUACCUGGACAUGAACGGCAUUAUUCACCCGUGCACUCAUCCGGAGAACAAGCCCGCCCCCAAGAACGAGGAGGAGAUGAUGAUUGCCAUUUUUGAGUGCAUCGACCGUCUUUUCCGUAUUGUCCGUCCGAGGAAGGUUCUGUACAUGGCAAUUGAUGGAGUUGCCCCGAGAGCAAAGAUGAACCAGCAGAGGUCUCGUCGUUUCCGGGCCUCUAAAGAGACUGGUGAGAAGAUCGAGGAGAUUGCCAGAAUUCGAGAUGAGCUUCGGGCCAAGGGCGUUCAGUUGCCCCCUGAGAAGCAGAAAGGCGAACACUUUGACAGCAACUGCAUCACUCCUGGAACUCCGUUCAUGGCCAGACUGUCCGAGUGUCUGCAUUACUACAUCCACGACAGGCUGAACAAUGACCCCGGUUGGCAGAACAUAAAAGUUAUUCUUUCCGACGCCAAUGUUCCCGGAGAGGGUGAGCACAAAAUCAUGGAUUUCAUACGCAGGCAGAGAGCUCAACCUGACCAUGACCCGAACACGCAGCACGUGCUUUGUGGAGCUGACGCCGAUUUGAUCAUGCUGGGUCUUGCCACUCACGAGCCAAACUUCACAAUAAUCAGAGAGGAAUUCAAACCAAACCAACCCCGUCCUUGCGAAAUAUGUGGCCAAGUUGGCCACGAAGUGAAAGACUGCGCUGGUGUGGCUCAGCAAGAGAGCAAAGAGGAUGUCAUGACCGUGGGUGGGUCGGAACCGAAUUUCAUUUUUGUUCGUCUCAGCGUCUUAAGGGAAUACCUCGAGAAAGAGCUGCAAAUGCCGAAUCUGCCGUUCAAGUUCGACUUGGACAGGGCCAUAGACGACUGGGUGUUCAUGUGCUUCUUCGUAGGAAAUGAUUUUCUACCUCACCUGCCCUCACUUGAAAUACGAGAGGGUGCCAUCGACAGACUGGUUACUCUGUAUAAGCAGGCCGUCUACAAAACCGGGGGCUGGCUCACUGACAGUGGAGAUGUUUCUCUGGACCGAGUGCAGCUUAUAAUGACGGAAUUGGGAGAGGCUGAGGAUAGUAUUUUCAAAAAAAGACAAGAAACGGAAAAGUUUUUCCGCGAAAAGAAUAAAAAGAACCGAAGGAGAGAACGAAUGAUGAAGGGUUUCCAAAGACCAGCCAGCGGACAGUUUGCGCCUCAAGCGCUUGGACGGAACCAGGCACCAAAUCCUGUUCAAAACGCUCGCCAAGAGGCGUUCCAGAUGAGAAUGCAAGGCACCUCAGCGUCGGAGAGGCAAGUUCGAGGAAUCGACGCCAACACCGGGCUGAAUGCAAUGCUGCGUCCAGAGGGUCAAGGUUCUCAGCAAAGGCAGGGGAGGUGGGGUAACGAUGGAUAUGCAGCCCAAAACGAAGACUCGAAUUCGGAGCCUGAACCGGACGACGAAGUUCGUCUUUGGGAAGACGGAUUCAAAGAUCGUUAUUAUGCGUCCAAGUUUGGCGUCGAAGUGACUAACAUUGCAUUUAGACAUAAAUUGGGUCUCGAGUACGUCCUUGGACUUUGCUGGGUACUGAAGUACUAUUACCAGGGCUGCGCGUCUUGGAAGUGGUACUUCCCUCACCACUACGCUCCCUUUGCAUCGGACUUUGUCAAUAUAGCGGCUCUUAAUAAUAAAUUUGAAAAGAACACUCUACCAUUCAGGCCAUUGGAGCAGUUGAUGGGCGUGUUCCCAGCAGCCAGCAGCUCUCACGUUCCCGAACCUUGGGCAGAGCUUAUGAGCGAUCCACACUCGGAAAUAAUUGACUUCUACCCGACCGAUUUCAAGAUCGACUUGAAUGGCAAGAAAUUUGCGUGGCAGGGAGUGGCCUUGCUUCCGUUUGUGGACGAGACGAGGCUGUUUCCAGCGCUUGAGCCUUACUACGAAAAACUCACGGAAGCAGAAAAGCGGCGCAAUGUUCGUGGGGAUGACAGAUUAUAUGUCAGCAAUCAUCAUUCGGAGUCAAAUUUCCUGAACAUUUUAUACGAGUCGGGCAACUUUGAGCAGGAGUUUGAGCGUGUUAUCGAAGGAGUGCGAGGAAACUUGCUGCUAGCGCAAGACCGAGUUUCGUAUGGAGGGACACUUCGUUCUCCCCUGAGAUCACUAGGACCAAUAUCAGGAAACAGGGUUGUAUGUGUUCGUUUCCGAGACCCUAAGUACGACGACAAUUUCAUCUUCCCUGCAAAGAGAUUACCAGACGCUAUCGAACCACCCCGCGUUCUGAAACCUGGGGAUUAUGACAACAACAGGGGUCAGUGGCGGCCGCAGUUGGGCAUGGCACCCUCUUCUCACAAAGUCACCAUGAAUCAAGCUGGAUUCAGGAUGAUUCGUCAUGGAGCAGGUGGCCAAUUCAACAAUGGCGGCGGCCAGUCCAACAACCAGUGGAGAAAUGGAAACAACGCCCCCCAUCCGGCGAGGGGCCACAUUCCCGACGUCCUCGGUCUCGCGGACCUGCACCUCCAAGGCCCGAUUCAGAUUCUCGCCAGGCCGGCCGCGCCCGUCAAAAUCUGGGCCAGAAACGCCCCAAAUGAGGAAAUCGAAAGUCAAAUCCAACCGAAAUGUCCGUCCAAAGAGACGAAGCGAAUUGCCGGGCAAGACCAACUCUUGUCCCGUGCAAUUGAAGGCGGCUCUGGCCGCGCCAGGGGCAGCUGGAGGGGCAGAGGCGUUCCUCCCCCGCAGGAAAGAGGCGGCUGGGGCCAGCGGGGUGGCUACCAGGGUGGGCAGCACAGGGGCGGUUUCCAGCAGAGGGGUGGCGGCGGCGGCGGCUACGAGGGCAGAAGCCAGGGCUACUCCACCAGGGAGGACAACCGAGACAACCGAGAUCGAGGCGGACCCGCGAGGGGUGGCCAAGGCCACAGCCAACGCUUCAACCCUUACCAGCAGAAGGGUGGCGACAACUGGCGCAACAACCAGCAGCAGGGCUACGGCGGCGGCGGCGGAGGCGGCGGCGGGCAGCAGCGCGGUGGUGGCCGGGGAGGAGGCCGGGGCAGGGGCGGCUACGAGCAGAACCGCCGCUUCUGAAGCUGACCAUCAUCUGCAGCAUUUUUCGGCGCUCAAAAUUUAUGACUCGCGUAAAGUGUGACUUAUAAAUUUAUUGUGCUCGCGCCAGAAACCAGCGUGGCCGAGAUAAAAAUAUAUCUAGAUUAUUUCCGGUCAUAGAUUUUUGCCCAGUGUUCAAACAACAAAAACUCCUGUUUUUAUUUUGGGCGACAAAAAAAACUUAUAAUUUGCUAAAUUCACAAAUUCUUGUUUUGGCCAACGAACUACAAAUUGUAUCAAAUUAAAAAAAAACCUCUUAACAAAAUUAAAAACUUUGACUAUUAUUUUAAGAAUUCGUGGAUUUUGUACUUUUCUGAUAAUUAAUCUAGUCUGAAAUGUCAUAAAAAAGUUGUUGAGGCCGGCCGAGUGCAACUAGCUGUUGAUCUUGUGUGCUUUUGCAGUCUUAUCGGAGAGAGGAAAAGCUCUCUUGGAAAAAUAAUGGCCGCUCUUUCACAUGUGCUGCUGCUGCUCAAGGGUUUCAAUUACAAUUUCAUGAACGAAAAUAUUUUCCCAGAGAGCGGUGGCGCGGCACGAUGAGAUUGUUUCUGAGAGUGCCAUUGAGUAGGUUUGUGAGUAGUGGUUGAUGGCUCUAGACGAGAGCCAAGAGCCGCCGCCGCCGCCCCAGCCCAACAAACUCCGCACUCGCAGAUGUACACAUUUUUGCCCCUUUACCUGCGAAGCAAAUGCAGAUCGGCAAAAUCUUUUUUCAUUCCACCACUGCAACUUCUUGUUGACAUGGUAACUAAUUAAGAAUUGGUUUGGUAAUAUUUAGUGAUUUAGCCAAUUUUUACAUUAUUUUCUUUCACUUAAUUUUCAAGUUAUUGAAUUCGAUAGUCCGUUGUGAACUGCAGAAAACUAA